AUGUUGUUUGGGGUAUUUCAUAAUUACAUAUUCUUGGUAAUAAUACUAAGUCUCAAAGUAAUCCUAAUCCAUGCAUAUUCUCCAUAUAAUUCAUCUUUCACACCAGAUCAUAUACGAUAUUUACAAAAUGAAACACAAGCUUUGUUUGAUCAUGCAUGGCAAUCAUAUAUGAAACAUGCUUUCCCAUUUGAUGAAAUAACUCCCAUUAGUUGUGAACCAUUGGGACCUGAUUUUGAUAAUUAUGAAAAUACCGUAAGAAAUGAUGCUAGAGGAAAUAUAUCACUGAUGGUAUUAGAUAAUAUAGAUACAUUAAUUAUAUUUGAACGUUGGGAUGAAUUAGAAUAUAUUUUACAAUAUCUACUGGAUAAUAAACAAGAUUUUUUCAAUCAAGAUACUAUUGUACAAGUUUUUGAAACUUGUAUUCGUCAUUUAGGUGGAUUAUUAUCAGGUCAUUUAUUAUUAACUGAUAUUACUAAUAAACCCAUCACUUUAUCAAACAAAUAUCAACCAUUGCAUAAAAUAUCGGAAAAAUAUAAUGGAUUUUUAUUAGAAAUGGCUCAUGAUUUAGGUUUAAGAUUGAUUCCUUCUUAUCAAACAUCAAUAACAAAUAUUCCAUUACCAAGAAUUAAUUUAGCUUAUGGUUUGAAAAAAGUUCCCCCCAAAUUACAACGUGAUGCAUGUACGUCGGGAGUAAUGACUCCAGUUUUAGAAUUCACUUUAUUAUCAAGACUUACUGGUGAUCGACAAUUUGAAUAUUAUUCUCAAUUAUCAUUUUGGAAACUUUGGUCACUGAAACUGGCAUUGAAUUUAUUACCGAUGACAAUUGACCCUAUUGCUAAUCAAUGGAAAGAUAGUAUUACAGGGGUAGGAGCUAGUAUUGAUUCAUUUUAUGAAUAUGCUGCCAAACUGGCGAUUUUAUUUAAUGAUGAUUAUAUGUGGACAGUUUUCAAAAGUUCAUAUCGGGCAUUAUUAACUCAUCUGGCUCAAGGAGGUAAAGGGACCAUGAUUUUCCCAAAUGUGGGGAUCUAUGAUGGGGUUGUUUUCAGUCCGUGGAUUGAUCUGUUGGGAGCAUUUUGGUCAGGAUUACAAGUUUUAACUGGACAAUUACAAGAUGCUAUCAAGACUCAUGUAGUUUAUUUGAAAAUAUGGGAUUUUUUCGAUCUGAUUCCUGAAAGAUGGAUUUAUAAUCAUGAACAUUAUCAAAAAAAUAAAGCUAAACGUCAUAAGAAACGAUUUAAAGCAGAAGAUUCCAUUGAUUUAGAAUGGUAUCCAUUAAGACCAGAAUUUAUUGAAUCUACUUAUUAUUUAUAUCGUGCCACUAAAGAUCCAAUGUAUUUACAAAUUGGUGAAAGAGUAUUAAAUUUAUUACGUGAUAGAUAUCAAGCACCAUGUGGAUUAAGUGGAUUACAAGAUGUUAGAACUGCUGAAAGACAAGAUCGAAUGGAAUCAUUUGUUGUUGGUGAAACUUUAAAAUAUUUAUAUUUAUUAUUUGAUACUAAAGAUGAAAUUUUCUUGCAUAAUACCACAAUAAUGCAAAAUAAAAAUUGGAUAUUUUCUACUGAAGCUCAUCCUUUAUGGUUGAAUAAAAAAAUUGACCUUAUUGGUGAUUCUUUAACCCAAUCAUCAAAUGAAAUCUCGUCAAAAUUGGGCGGGAAACCUUUUCAUAAAAAUAGUUUAAAAUCUGAAAAGGAAUUACUCAAAGUGCCAAACUCAGCAUUUAUAAGAAAUAUUACAUUACCUCAACCAGAAUUAGUUGAUAUUGAAGGUAUUACAGAAGAUGUAUCACAUAUUGCCAAAAAACUGCCUUUUGCAGGUCGAUUUGAUACAUGUCAAUUAAAUCCAUGGCAUAAAUCACCUGAUUCAUUUCUUGAAUCAAGUUAUUAUAAAUGGCCUUAUUUGUUUAAUGCUGAUUAUGCAUUUGAAAAUUCUUUAAAAAAACCACGAUAUUUGAGUCAAACAAAUUUAGAUGGUAGUUAUAUCGAAUUGACAAAAGAAUUUUACAAUAAAUUUACCAUGUUUACUAGUGCUGCCAAUUUGAUUUGUCCUCGUACUUCCACUACUACUGUUUAUGAAGUGUUUUGGGGAGAUAUCAAACAAUGUGAAUAUACUGAAGUUUCAGAAAUUUAUCACACCAGGUUCUCCAAUGAGUCUUUAAUGGCACCGGGUGAUAUUUGGAUACCGACUUUGAAUGGGUUACGCGUUGUAUUGGAAGAAUUGGUACCUGGUAAAGUAGAUACAUUCAAUAAUGUUGUUACUGAAGAACAACUUCUUGCAUUACAAGAUAGCAAUGAUGAAAAUGACAACGAUGAUGACGGGAUCAGAUUAAUCAAUUCUGGUUUAAGAAUUAAACGAGUCAAUGGUGUUGUCAUCGAGGAAGGUAUGAUUUUAUGGACGCUACCAUUUGAGCAACCGGAGGAAUCGAAUGAAGAAGGGAUGAUAGGAAUAACAGAAGAUGCCAGAGUUGUUAUUCAGGGUAAAGUAGUUGAGAAUUUAUUUGUUUGGUAUGGAUAG